GAGGACAGAGAAUACAUCAGGGAAGGAAGCUGUCUAAGUGGUUUUCUAUUGAUAUGGCCGGAGUAAACGCGGGAUAUAUGCUGAUUGCCCUGAGUCUAAUGCUCCAGUUAUGUCCUUGUGUUGAUACAACCAGAGUUCGUCUUGUCGGUGGCACGCAUCCGUGGACAGGACGAGUGGAGGUUACCCUUACUAAUGGAACAUGGGGAACGGUGUGCGACGAUUCCUGGGGCCUCCAAGACGCACACGUUGUUUGCCGCCAACUCGGGUAUGCAAACGCAUUACGUGCUAUUCGGACGUUCGGCGGUGGUCUGGGCCCUAUACUUCUGGAUGAUUUGCGUUGUACUGGACUGGAAAUCGACUUGUUUCAAUGUCAAGGCAAACCAGUGGGCAUUCACAACUGCGCCCAUAGCGAAGAUGCUGGUGUAGAAUGUGAGAUUGAAUGCAGGAAAACGAUUCACGUUUCAAAUGGAAAAGCUAUAAUUGGAAAACGCUCUGUCGGUUCGAUUGCGGCCAUUAGCUGUGAUGAAGGAUAUGCACUGAACGGAGGCGAUCCAGCAGUAACGUGUGCAAAUAUAUCAGCUGUCACUGCGGAAUGGACAGGUCUCAACGCAAGAUGCAAUCCUAUCGACUGUGGGUGUCCCCCCAGCGGACUCAAGUCUGAUGUAAGCUACACAACAACAGUCCUCAACUCCACUGUGACAUACGUUUGCCAGCCUGACACAACGCCUCUGAUAGGCGACAGGCAAAUAGUUUGCAAUGCCCAAGGACGAUGGGAAGGAGCUUCCCUCAUCUGUGAAGAUCUACAAUGUGAUCAGCCCAAUGAAAUCUCCAAUGGCAAUGCGAUAGUUGGAAAACAGAAUUUAGCUUCCCUUUCGUCUAUACGAUGCAAUGAUGGAUUCAUUUUCGAGGGAGACGACCCAAGUAUAACGUGUGAGAGGUUACCAGACGAGUCAACCGAAUGGACCAGUGUCAAAGGGGAAUGUCAACCUCUUCCACCAAACAUCACUGUCAAUGCCACAGACGCUAACAUCUCGCUAACGAUUGAACAUAUUCACACAGCUCCGCUGAUCCAGCAGUAUUGUGCAGUAGUGGUCUCCCUUACCAGCAGCCAUAAUGAAAGCGAAGCCGAAAGUUGUCACCAAGGCCCCAACGUGGUCAUAGAGCGAUCCUCGAGCGAUGACGUCUUCCAGCUAAUGGCAUACGUGGUCACUGAUGAGAACGUAACAAGCAAGUUGUCUCGAAGCGCUGUUGUUCUCCCCUUGUCAUAAUGUAGGUUGGUAUAAAGCACUAGAAUUACUCUAAAAGUUGAAUGAAAUGAUUGUGCUUUGCUGUCAA